AUGAGUGGGAGGCGGGAGGCGGGAGGCACGGAAGAUGAGGGAUGGAUGGAUGGAUGGAUGGAUGGUGAAGAUGAUACUGGAGUUGGAGUUGGGGCUGGGGCUGGGGCUGGAGAGGAGUUGUGUGGUGUAUAA